AUGAUAAACCCUCUCCUCCUCUCCGUUCACCUCCUCUCCUCCCCUCCGUUCAACUCCUCUCCUCCCUCCGUUCACCUCCUCUCCUCCCCUCCGUUCAACUCCUCUCCUCCCCUCCGUUCACCUCCUCUCCUCCCCUCCGUUCAACUCCUCUCCUCUCCUCCGUUCACCUCCUCUCCUCCCCUCCGUUCAACUCCUCUCCUCCCCUCCGUUCACCUCCUCUCCUCCCCUUCGUUCAACUCCUCUCCUCCCCUCCGUUCACCCCCUCUCCUCCCCUCCGUUCAACUCCUCUCCUCCCCUCCGUUCAACUCCUCUCCUCCCCUCCGUUUAACUCCUCUCCUCCCCUCCGUUCAACUCCUCUCCUCCCCUCCGUUCACCUCCUCUCCUCCCCUCCGUUCAACUCCUCUCCUCCUCUCCGUUCACCUCCUCUCCUCCCCUCCGUUCAACUCCUCUCCUCCCCUCCGUUCAACUCCUCUCCUCCCCUCCGUUCACCUCCUCUCCUCCCCUCCGUUCAACUCCUCUCCUCCCCUCCGUUCACCUCCUCUCCUCCCCUCCGUUCAACUCCUCUCCUCCCCUCCGUUCACCUCCUCUCCUCCCCUCCGUUCAACUCCUCUCCUCCCCUCCGUUCAACUCCUCUCCUUCCCUCCGUUCAACUCCUCUCCUCCCCUCCGUUCACCUCCUCUCCUCCCCUCCGUUCAACUCCUCUCCUCCCCUCCGUUCACCUCCUCUCCUCCCCUCUGUUCAACUCCUCUCCUCCCCUCCGUUCACCUCCUCUCCUCCCCUCCGUUCACCUCCUCUCCUCCCCUCCGUUCAACUCCUCUCCUCCCCUCCGUUCAACUCCUCUCCUCCCCUCCGUUCACCUCCUCUCCUCCCCUCCGUUCAACUCCUCUCCUCCCCUCCGUUCACCUCCUCUCCUCCCCUUCGUUCAACUCCUCUCCUCCUCUCCGUUCACCUCCUCUCCUCCCCUCCGUUCACCUCCUCUCCUCCCCUCCGUUCAACUCCUCUCCUCCCCUCCGUUCAACUCCUCUCCUCCCCUCCGUUCACCUCCUCUCCUCCCCUCCGUUCACCUCCUCUCCUCCCCUCCAUUUAACUCCUCUCCUCCCCUCCGUUCACCUCCUCUCCUCCCCUUCGUUCAACUCCUCUCCUCCUCUCCGUUCACCUCCUCUCCUCCCCUCCGUUCACCUCCUCUCCUCCCCUCCGUUCAACUCCUCUCCUCCCCUCCGUUCAACUCCUCUCCUCUCCUCCGUUCACCUCCUCUCCUCCCCUCCGUUCACCUCCUCUCCUCCCCUCCGUUCAACUCCUCUCCUCCCCUCCGUUCACCUCCUCUCCUCCCCUCCGUUCAACUCCUCUCCUCCCCUCCGUUCACCUCCUCUCCUCCCCUCCGUUCAACUCCUCUCCUCCCCUCCGUUUAACUCCUCUCCUCCCCUCCGUUCAACUCCUCUCCUCCCCUCCGUUCACCUCCUCUCCUCCCCUCCGUUCAAAUCCUCUCCUCCCCUCCGUUCACCUCGUCUCCUCCCCUCCGUUCAACUCCUCUCCUCCCCUCCGUUCACCUCCUCUCCUCCCCUCUGUUCAACUCCUCUCCUCCCCUCCGUUAACCUCCUCUCCUCCCCUACGUUCAACUCCUCUCCUCCACUCCGUUCACCUCCUCUCCUCCCCUCCGUUCAACUCCUCUCCUCCCCUCCGUUCAACUCCUCUCCUCCCCUCCAUUCACCUCCUCUCCUCCCCUCCGUUCAACUCCUCUCCUCCCCUCCGUUCACCUCCUCUCCUCCCCUCCGUUCAACUCCUCUCCUCCUCUCCGUUCACCUCCUCUCCUCCCCUCCGUUCAACUCCUCUCCUCCCCUCCGUUCAACUCCUCUCCUCCCCUCCGUUCACCUCCUCUCCUCCCCUCCGUUUAACUCCUCUCCUCCCCUCCGUUCAACUCCUCUCCUCCCCUCCGUUCACCUCCUCUCCUCCCCUCCGUUCAACUCCUCUCCUCCUCUCCGUUCACCUCCUCUCCUCCCCUCCGUUCAACUCCUCUCCUCCCCUCCGUUCAACUCCUCUCCUCCCCUCCGUUCACCUCCUCUCCUCCCCUCCGUUCAACUCCUCUCCUCCCCUCCGUUCACCUCCUCUCCUCCCCUCCGUUCAACUCCUCUCCUCCCCUCCCUCCUCUCCUCCCCUCCGUUCACCUCCUCUCCUCCCCUCCGUUCAACUCCUCUCCUCCCCUCCGUUCAACUCCUCUCCUCCCCUCCGUUCAACUCCUCUCCUCCCCUCCGUUCACCUCCUCUCCUCCCCUCCGUUCAACUCCUCUCCUCCCCUCCGUUCACCUCCUCUCCUCCCCUCCGUUCAACUCCUCUCCUCCCCUCCGUUCAACUCCUCUCCUCCCCUCCGUUCAACUCCUCUCCUCCCCUCCGUUCACCUCCUCUCCUCCCCUCCGUUCAACUCCUCUCCUCCCCUCCGUUCACCUCCUCUCCUCCCCUCCGUUCAACUCCUCUCCUCCCCUCCGUUCACCUCCUCUCCUCCCCUCCGUUCAACUCCUCUCCUCCCCUCCGCUUAACUCCUCUCCUCCCCUCCGUUCAACUCCUCUCCUCCCCUCCGUUCACCUCCUCUCCUCCCCUCCGUUCAACUCCUCUCCUCCCCUCCGUUCACCUCGUCUCCUCCCCUCCGUUCACCUCCUCUCCUCCCCUCCGUUCACCUCCUCUCCUCCCCUCUGUUCAACUCCUCUCCUCCCCUCCGUUCAGCUCCUCUCCUCCCCUCCGUUCACCUCCUCUCCUCCCCUCCGUUCACCUCCUCUCCUCCCUCCGUUCAACUCCUCUCCUCCCCUCCGUUCACCUCCUCUCCUCCCCUCCGUUCAACUCCUCUCCUCCCCUCCGUUCACCUCCUCUCCUCCCCUCCGUUCAACUCCUCUCCUCCCCUCCGUUCAACUCCUCUCCUCCCCUCCGUUCACCUCCUCUCCUCCCCUUUGUUCACCUCCUCUCCUCCCCUCCGUUCAACUCCUCUCCUCCCCUCCGUUCACCUCCUCUCCUCCCCUUUGUUCACCUCCUCUCCUCCCCUCCGUUCAACUCCUCUCCUCCCCUCCGUUCACUCCUCUCCUCCCCUCCGUUCAACUCCUCUCCUCCCCUCCGUUCACCUCCUCUCCUCCCCUCCGUUCACCUCCUCUCCUCCCCUCCGUUCACCUCCUCUCCUCCUCUCCGUUCAACUCCUCUCCUCCCCUCCGUUCAACUCCUCUCCUCCCCUCCGUUCACCUCCUCUCCUCCCCUCCGUUCAACUCCUCUCCUCCCCUCCGUUCACCUCCUCUCCUCCCCUGCGUUCAACUCCUCUCCUCCCCUCCGUUCACCUCCUCUCCUCCCCUCCGUUCAACUCCUCUCCUCCCCUCCGUUUAACUCCUCUCCUCCCCUCCGUUCAACUCCUCUCCUCCCCUCCGUUCACCUCCUCUCCUCCCCUCCGUUCAACUCCUCUCCUCCCCUCCGUUCACCUCGUCUCCUCCCCUCCGUUCAACUCCUCUCCUCCCCUCCGUUCACCUCCUCUCCUCCCCUCUGUUCAACUCCUCUCCUCCCCUCCGUUAACCUCCUCUCCUCCCCUACGUUCAACUCCUCUCCUCCACUCCGUUCACCUCCUCUCCUCCCCUCCGUUCAACUCCUCUCCUCCCCUCCGUUCAACUCCUCUCCUCCCCUCCAUUCACCUCCUCUCCUCCCCUCCGUUCAACUCCUCUCCUCCCCUCCGUUCACCUCCUCUCCUCCCCUCCGUUCAACUCCUCUCCUCCCCUCCGUUCACCUCCUCUCCUCCCCUCCGUUCAACUCCUCUCCUCCCCUCCGUUCAACUCCUCUCCUCCCCUCCAUUCACCUCCUCUCCUCCCCUCCGUUCAACUCCUCUCCUCCCCUCCGUUCAACUCCUCUCCUCCCCUCCGUUCACCUCCUCUCCUCCCCUCCGUUCAACUCCUCUCCUCCCCUCCGUUCAACUCCUCUCCUCCCCUCCAUUCACCUCCUCUCCUCCCCUCCGUUCACCUCCUCUCCCCCCUCCGUUCAACUCCUCUCCUCCCCGCCGUUCACCUCCUCUCCUCCCCUUCGUUCACCUUCUCUCCUCCCCUCUGCUCAACUCUCCUCCCCUGUGUUCACCUCCUCUCCUCCCCACCACUCGCCACAUCUGCCAAGCUUCAGAACCCGCCACACACCAUUCCCUCACACCCGCCAUCCCCCCAUCCGUCCCUCCUUCCCACCCCGCCCCACCCCACCCCACACCACCUUUGGCAGGCCUGGAGAGGGCUGGCUUGAGUUUCUCGGCCUUUCUGUGGGGCUGGGCGGCGUCUCGUACGGCGGGGUGAUCAUGCUACAGUACACCGUGCUGGUCGCCACAGGAGGGGCGAAUGGGGGAGGCUACCUGCUGAACAACUACGAGUCGUUUGCCAUCACAGUGGGCGCCAUUCUCCUCUGCGGCAUUCUCAACUCCUUCUCCAUCAAGUUCAUCGGCCGCCUUGCCGUCGUCAGUGCCGUCUAUCAGAUGGGUCUCGCCAUAGUCAUCAUGAUUCUGCUGCCGUCGGUAGCGCCAGUGCACCAGAGUGCCUCCUUCGUCUUCACUCACCACCACGUGCAGCUGGACGUGUCUCUGCUGCCCACUAUGGCGUACGCCUUCAUAGCAGCGAUGCAGCUAUCCGAGUACUCCCUCUACGCAUACAACACAGCGUACGCCUUCAUAGCAGCGAUGCAGCUAUCGCAGUACUCCCUCUACGCAUACGACACAGUGGCCCACAUGGCAGAGGAGACCAAGCGCUCCGAUCGCGCGUCCCCAGCCAGCAUGGUGCUCUGCCUGUCCGCGGUCAGCCUGCUCGCGUGGGGGCUGCUCGUCGCCUUCACCUUCUGCAUUCAGAACGACGACAACCUCACCAGCCCGGACAGCGUUACGGCCGGCAAUCAGAUCCUGGUUACCAUCAUCUGGGAGGCCUUUUUCGCUCGCUUCGGCAGCGGCACAGGGGCGGUGGUGGUGCUCUCACUCAUCUACAUCGCCUUCCUCUUUGGCGUCUUCGCCGGCAUUCUUGGCGCCUCCCGCGCGGCCUACGCCAUAUCGCGAGACAAGGGCCUGCCAUUCGCGUUCAUCUGGCGGCGGGUGAACCGAGACAAGACGCCCAUCUACUCCGUGUGGCUCUGCUGUGGCGUCGCCAUCCUCUUCUCCCUGCCGCUCCUCAAGGACUCUUUCCUCUUCUCCGCCAUCACCUCCCUCGCCACCGUCGCCUGGGUGGGCGGCUAUGCUGUCCCCAUCUUCUUUCGGCUCAUUCAAAGGGAGGAGGACUUUGAACCGGGCCCGUUCUACCUCUCUAAAUACGUCGGCGUCUGGGGCAGACCCGUGGGCGUCAUCUUCGCCCCCGCAUCAUCCACAAUCUCUCCGCUCAGCAGCACCGUCAUUGCCCGCAUGCGGAACCCCUUCUUGGCACUCGCUGCCAUUGCUCGCGAAGAGGAGGAGGAGGAGGAGGAGAAGAAGAAGGAGGUGGAGGAGGAGGAGGAGGAGGAGGAGGAGGAGGAGGAGGAGGAGGAGGAGGAGGAGGAGGAGGAGGAGGAGGAGGAGGAGGAGACGGAGGCGGAUGGGUGGAGCAGUGAUUGUUGGUAUGCCUGGGAGCUGCACUAG